AUGUUCUCCGGAUACCCGACCAUUUUCGCCGAGCCAUACGAAUUUCGCCCUGAGGGCUGGCUGGAAGGUCAGGUCAUUUCUGCCAUGAAGCAGGCAUACGUACCCUUCAGCAAAGGCUCCCGAGCGUGUCUUGGAUCAAUCGGUGUCGAUGUCCAUUUCACAAUUCAUGGCCGGUCGCCACCGGUGCGAGAUGCUAUCAUGCUACAGAGGGUGUUGAGAGUAGGCCAGACGGGCGAGCUAGCAAAUAUUACUCAAAGGCCUUGCUGUCAAAUAAUUGGGCGUUCGAGUAAGGAACAGCUUGCUUAA